UGCUCAGAUGGUGGGGGAGGGGGCGGGGUUCACGGAGCUUCUCGUUAACCACGUGACCCGAAAAGUGAAAGAGAAAGGUGUUGUUUUCUUCGCAGGAAUGGAGACUGCUCUGAAAAUGUACUUGUAUCUGAUGCUGUUAGUGUUCAUCUGUGACGGGUUCCAUGUCCAUGGUCCACCAGGUCCUCUCAUUGUUCAACUGGGAGACUCAGUGAUGCUGCCCUGCUUUGUAGAAACUUCUGUACCACUGGAAGAUCUGGAAGUGGAGUGGAAAAGAAAUGACCGUGAAACUCUAGUGCACUUGUGGCAGAAUGGAGAAAGUCGACCAGAGUCUCAGGACCAGCUUUAUCAUGAAAGAGCUCAUUUCUUCACUGAGAAGAUCGCUCAAGGAAACUUCUCCCUCCUCCUUACAGAUGUGACUAAUAAAGAUGCAGGAGUUUAUAAGUGUGCUGUUUACACAAAGCUGGAUUCUGGUGAAACUCUGAUUGAAAUAAAGGAGAUUGAGCGUUUGAUCGUGUCUGGAUCCCAUGUUAUAUCUGCACAGGCGGGUGAAGAUAUCACUCUGAACUGCUCUGUAGACUCACAUCUCCCACCAGAAAAUAUAGAAGAGGUGUCAUGGAAGAAAAUAGAUGAAGAUAUUUUAGUGCUGGUUUAUCAAGAGGGUCAGAUCCUGACAGAGUCGACUGGUGAGAGAUACGUGGACAGAGUAGAAUUCUUCAGCACUGAAGAAAGAAACAAAGGAAACUUCUCUUUGAGACUGAAGAAUGUCCGAACGGAGGACAAAGGGCUGUAUAUGUGUUUAGUGUUCUCUGGGGCAUUAUCAGCUAACACAACUGUGGAGGUACAGCAGCUGGGUCUUUCCUAUCUGCAUUUUGCAAUUAUCAUUUUGUGUAUACUUGGAUUUGUAAUCGGAUCACUUGUACUAGGCUACCUAUCUUACACAUGUUAUAAAAAUAAAGAUGACAGCAGAAGAGCUGUAGCUAUACAGUGUGCACAUGUCCUUUGUCCUAACAUUACUAUGUCCAUUGUCUUCAUCCUCUGGGGUGUCACUGAUGGUAUUUUUAGUGAAGCAGCAACUUGUUCAGCCCUCAAUUUUGCUCGGAUCAUUUUCCUAUUUUGGAUUGGUCUUCAUUUGAAAUCAAUUCAAGAAACUCCACAGCGAUUAAUUGUCUUCUUUGCAAUUAUACUACAGUACAUUGUGGUGACUGUUUUUGCUUAUUCUUCUAUUUUUGUGGAUAUCUUGUAUAGAUUUGCCACUGAAGCGAUAGUAGCUCUGAUAAUCAUUCUAGUGGUGCUACUUAUUCUUAUUCUGGGUAUUAUCGCUGCAGCAUGGCUUCAAAGGAAUAGAAGAUUGUUUCAAAUUUAUGUAUCACGAAUGAUGUACAGAACUGCAAUGCUCUGCGAUAUUCUACGAAUAACUGUUUUUUCAAUGGUAAUUCAAAGCGGUGUGAUUGCGUUAUUAGUUCCACUCUUUACUGUGCUUUGGGUUUAUUUGGAUGAUUUCUUGCGUAUUUUUUUCAGGUUAAGUAAGUACAUCAUGUAAUACUUUAUUCUACCU